UCCGCCGCCGCCGCCGGAGUCAUUCCUCGGUCGGAGAAGAAGAUCGUUCAGGAUCAGCCCAGGCCGUCAUCUUACACUGCUCUGGUGAUUGUUCCUCCGACGAUGAAGCAAAGGUAUUGCUCUGUUUCCGGUGGCUCGGAGUUCAAGGUGUACCAGCCGACUCCGAUUCACCGGUUGCCUCCCCUGCCGACCAACCACCAUAAGAAAGCGGUCGCGAUGGCGAAGCAGAGGAACGAUUUGGUCCCGUCUUCCACCAUCAUUUUCUUGAAUUCGCCUUCCAUCUCCGACGCUGCUACCUCGUUCAUUUCUUCCCUGAUGAGGGAUACCGACAGUAUGCAGAGAUCUAUGUCGUCUUCAGGGUUUCAGUUCACCCAGCCUUCUCACGGAAGCCUCCCUUGUCUUCUUCCUCCCUCAAGAGGAAGUGCAGCUCCAUGGAUGACGUCAGAUGCGGCUCCUCCUCCGGCCGGUGCCAUUGCUCCAAGAAAUUAGUUUUAUUUAUUUAUUUUAAAUAAAGGGGUAAUGAUGUG